CCGGAUCUCAAGACCAACACACAAAUUCGCACCGCUGCUGGAUUGCUCUGCGUAACAUAGUCAUAUUGUUAAUAGGUAUACAAGUUAAAUAUGCCUUUGCCUGUGCAGGUUUUCAACUUUCAGGGAGCUGUGGAACCUAUGCAGAUUGAUGCAGACCCCCAAGAGGACCAGCAAAAUGCUCCAGACACCAACUACAUAGUGGAGAACCCAACACUGGACCUUGAACAAUAUGCGACCAGUUACAGUGGACUAAUGCGUAUCGAGAGACUCCAGUUUAUCGCAGAGCAUUGCCCGCAGCUCAGAGUGGAAUCCCUGAAGAUGGCUCUAACCUUUGUCCAAAGGACCUUCAACGUUGACACUUAUGAAGAGGUCCACCGCAAACUAACUGAUGCCACACGGGAAGUCCAGAGUGUACCAGAAGUCGCUCCAGAGGGUGCGGUUGUCCCUCCUCCUUUGGAUUCAGCGUGGGCAGAGUCUACCAGGAAGAAGGCUCUGCUUAAAUUGGAGAAACUGGACACCGAUCUCAAAAAUUACAAGGGGAAUUCAAUUAAAGAGAGCAUCAGGAGAGGACAUGAUGACUUGGGGGACCAUUACCUCGACUGUGGUGACCUCAGCAAUGCCCUCAAGUGCUACUCUCGAGCCAGGGAUUAUUGUACCAGUGCUAAACAUGUCAUUAACAUGUGUCUGAAUGUAAUCAAGGUUAGUGUUUAUCUCCAGAACUGGUCCCAUGUACUGAGCUAUGUCAACAAGGCUGAAUCAACACCAGAGAUUGCAGAGCAACGAGGAGAGCGAGACAGCCAAAAUCAAGCAGUUCUUACCAAAUUAAAGUGUGCUGCAGGCCUGGCGGAAUUGGCUUCUCGAAAAUACAAAGCGGCUGCCAAGUGCUUUCUGCAGGCUUCUUUUGACCACUGUGACUGUCCAGAGCUUUUGUCACCCAGUAAUGUAGCAGUCUAUGGAGGUUUAUGCGCUCUGGCCACAUUUGACAGACAGGAGCUCCAACGCAACGUCAUCUCGAGCAGCUCUUUUAAGUUAUUUCUAGAAUUAGAACCUCAAAUUCGCGACAUCAUCUUCAAGUUCUAUGAAUCCAAAUAUGCGUCUUGUCUCAAACUGCUGGAUGAAAUGAAGAAUAUUGGUUUGUACCUCCAGGAUAAUCUUCUUCUAGACAUGUACUUGGCCCCUCACGUCCGGACACUGUAUAGCCAAAUCAGAAACAGAGCUCUUAUCCAGUAUUUCAGCCCAUACGUGUCAGCGGACAUGACGAAGAUGGCUCAGGCCUUCAACACGACAGUGGCGGCCCUCGAAGAUGAGCUGACGCAGCUCAUCUUGGAGGGGCUCAUAAAUGCACGCAUAGACUCCCAUAGCAAGAUUCUGUACGCAAGGGAUGUGGACCAGAGAAGCACCACGUUUGAGAAGUCACUCCAUAUGGGCAAAGAGUUCCAGAGACGAGCCAAAGCCAUGAUCCUCCGAGCGGCUGUGCUACGCAAUCAGAUCCAUGUCAAGUCUCCACCUAGAGAAGGAAGUCAGGGUGAACUGACACCAGCGAACAGUCAAACGAGAAUGAGCACCAACAUGUGAGUCUGGACACUGGGAAAGAUCGUCCAGCCGUUCUUCGACAUGACACACCUCAGUCCACCUCCUAAUUUUUUUUUUGCUGAAGACGGAACAUACAUCACACAGUUUAAAGACUUUAAAGUUCUGGAUUGAGCUCUCUAAUCACAGAAAAGCCUGAAAUGAUGUGGAAAUGUAAUUCAGAAGAAAACGUGAAAACCCAGCACUUAUGCUCUUACUGUUUGGAGAUGGACGAUCUGCUUGCUCUUCAUGGAGGACUCAUGAACAGAAACAAUGUUUUAAAAUAAAAUGCCUUCCAGAUAAAUGUUGUCUUCAUUUGGUUGUGCGUUAUAUGACACACACACACACACUGUUAUUUCAGUAUGCACCCAAAUGUGAUCGCCAAAACUGAGUUUUUAAUGAGAUAAACUAACUACGGUAACUAACUAAAUCUCACCUUGUACGUGGACCUCCUAGUGCCAUGAGAAUGACUUAUUUUUGGACAAAUAUAAAUAAAUACAAAUACUGUUCAAUGGAAAAUGACUGUGAUUCAAUUGAAUUACUGUAAAUUCACUAUCAAUUGUUAGCUGACGUGUGCGGCUUUGACUGACAUGGCUGAGAGCAGAUGAGCUUGUUUACAAUUUUCAAUUUUGGUCACUAAACCUUUCCGACUGCUCAA